AUGCUUUUUUGUGAUGGUCAUCCAAAUUCCUCAAACGUAAGACCGCUGCUUCCUAUUCUCAAACAGGAUAUGUCCACACAGGAUGACCUUGAGGACCGCGUCUCCCGAUUGGCUAAGGAGAAUCUGAUUUUGCGAGAACAACUGUCGACUGCAAACACACUUACCAGACGGUUGAUUUCGACAACAAAGUAUUUCGCUGAACUGGUUCAUCGUCGUGCUCCUGAUUGUUUGCAAAUGACAACCCCACCAUACCUUCUUGACGUUCGACAGUUGAUCGCCGUUGCACAAAGCAGAGCUGAUGCAAAUGGAAUUCAUAAUUUUACUGCAAAAUCGAGUCUGCUUCGGUGUCUAGAGGGCAAAGAAGUGAUAUUUAUUAACCGACUAGUAAAAGAUUUAGACGUGCAAAAAGCAAAAUCUUGGCCCUCAUUAGCUGUGGCAGAACUGAUUUUUCUUCUGCUACGCGGUGCCGAUGCCGUACAUGACGAAGCUCAAAUUUCCACCCUCCUUACUACCACAAUUCGAGCUGUACAGUCUGUACUCAAUGAGCAAACCUCCACCAACGAAACCAUUCUUUUUUGGCUGGUAAAUACUUUUGGUCUGCGGAACUGUAUCUACAAAUUCAGUGACAAUGGACGUGAAAGUGUAUGCGAUGAGGAGAGGAUAUACGAGCUGCAGAAUUACGACAUCAACCCUUUUCUACCUCUCCUCAACGAUGUCAUCACUCUUGCCUUUCAGCUCCUAAUGGGACAAGUCGCUGAGGUCGUGUUUCCCCAGGCCUUGAUAACCGGCGCGUUGCUAGAGUACGAACCUAUCCCCAACCUGACCUGUCAGGCGUUGACUGUGUCAGCUUCGGGUGGCCUUCGACCCCAGAACACCUGGCUCCGUCGAAAACCGCAUUUCAAACGCUUCAUGAACAGCCUCGACAACAUUUUCGACUUUUUAACAGCUAUAAACGCAGAUGCUAGUCUGACGUGGUGCAUACUCCACAGAAUAUUUUACUAUAUCUGCUCGUCCGCCCUGAAUUCGAUUCUACUCCGAAAGGAUCUCUGCAAUUGGGCUAGAGGCGCACAAAUAAGACACAACUUGGCAACUCUGGAGACUUGGCUUUCAGAUCGGGAUUUGGUACCCGAGGAAAGCGAUUCAGAGGUCUAUCGGCGUGGUCGACAUUUGAGGGACCUGGUACUGCCACUUAUUCAAGUCUGCCAUAUUCUGCAAUCCAAGAAGGGAGGCUCUGAUAAGGUCAAGAUCUCAUCCCUCUGCCAACUCUGCCCUAAUCUCACUAGCGCCCAGAUUUUACGUCUGCUGUCCAGGUGCACUCUGGUAAACGGCAUGGAAGAGGUAGUUCAACCUGAAUUUCUAGCAGCCGUUCGGAGGAGAUUGCGUGAACAACGACCUCAAGAGAAUUGUAAGACUACCUGCUGUGGUGUGGAGGUCUCUCAGACGACACUUCUACUGGAUUCCGAUUAUUGGGAUGCUUCCAAUGAAGUCCUUCCAUUCGCGCCUCUGCCAAAUUCUCUGGGUGACUUCCAAAUGCCCGUGGAAUUGGAAGAUCUCGCGGAAUUCCUUGUUGCUGUGGAUCUGUGA